AACAAUUCAGAAUUUCUUAUAUCUCUCAAAGAUGCGAGCAACACGGUUCUACAAAUUGUUUGUUGUUGUUCCCGAACGCAACAAAACUAUAAUCAGUAGGUGGUAUCACCUUCACUGAUAAAUAGUAAGUCCUAGGGUUAAUGUUAAUUAAACAAUCUAAGCCUGAAUCGCUAAUUCCAGGAGGGGGUCCGAGUUCAGGAGCUGUGAAGGGAGCGUAUCAAAAUUUGUGGACAUGACCCAAAAGACCCUUUUAUCAUCCAUUGUGAUAUUUUAAAAAAGUAGGCAUUUAAAAUAUUUUUUACCCACAAUAAAACAGUCCAAUUGUAGAAACAGCGAUGGUAGAAACGCAGACCAGGUAAAAAAAUAACGAACCCAACGAUCGCAAUGGACAGCCUCCGAUCUGUUCUUCCCAAGAUCGUACGGACAUAAACACGUGCGCGGAGAGUGGCAUCAGAAACGUGGGUCAUCACAUUAACUGUUUCUCUUUACGAAUCAAAUUUGAUCUUCUCAUCGGCAAUCGGAAAAGAUGAUACGUCUGCCUCCAAAUGCAAGCAAAGUAUAUGAUUCGUGUUUUCCUUUACGCAAAGAAGAGGACUAAUGCCAAAAGCGUGGAGGCAGCUGCUUUUGUAACCCUUAAAAAAACAUCCAAACCAAUUUCGUUUGAAGACCUCUGCAUGCACUUUCUCAGCUGAGGGUUUCAUACCAGCGUUUAGGCUCCUGGAAAUUCUCCUUGCUUGCUUGCAACUGCUAAUUACUGAGGGAAUUGAUGGGCAUAUCUUGCUACCCUGGAAUUGUUGGACUUGCAGCUAAAUCAUGGGUUAUACUUGCUUCUAUUUGAGGUGGCAACCGCCCGGUUUUCUGUGAGGACAAGAGAUCACAUUGCUGCCCCUCGGUUGUCCUAUUUUUUUCCAGCACCUACAUCUUGGCAACUCCGUUCUGUCAAAACUGCGGAACCGGAUGAGUUAAGGCUCCUGGAAAUUCUCUCUGCUUCCUUCCACAAGGUUGUUAGGCUGCUAAUUACCAGGAGCUGUUGGACCUACAACUGAUCAUGGGGUAGACUAGCCGCUGCUUGAACUGAUAAUUGGUCUUCUCUGGAAAAAGGAACAGGUGGACUUAAUCUUCAGCUCGCAUAUAUCAUGAAAUUAAACAUAUUGCCUUUAUUCUUGCGUCGUGGUCUUCUGUAAAGAGAUUCACUAUGAUUUAUGAGGAGUUGAGGAGUUACGCCAUUCAAGAUACUGUGGAUGAGAUAAUUAAAAAAUAUCUGAGCAAUGCCGAACCUUUCUAUCAGGGUAUAAAUAAUAUUAUAUACUUUGAUGGUUGGUGUGAUGGACUCGGUGCGUCUGCCGUUCUAGCUGCCAUAGCAGAACCAGCCAGGUCGAAGUUUGACGUAGUUAUCCACGCGGAUUGCUCAGUGUGGAAAAGCAGGAGAGACAUGCAGAGAAGGAUUGCAAAGGAUCUGAAGCUCGACAGAUCUGCAAUGGAUUUGUUUGAUAAGCAAGACGAGGAAGAUGAUUUCAAUGGGUUAGAUAGAGGAUCUAGAGCUGAGAUACUCAAGGUUGCUAAGCUCAUCUUCCAAAUUUUAGAUGGCCGCAGGUGUUUGAUGAUUUUAAGCAAUGGGAGUGACAGUGAGGUUGAUUUGGCUGCAUCUGGCAUUCCUGUGUUUGACUGGAGGUGCAAAGUGUUGUGGACAUUUCAGGGGAGGUUUCGACUCGAUCCUAAAAUCAGAGACAAAGUGAAAAGUGCUCAUGUUUUCCUUUCCGUACGAGUUCUAAGAAGCCUGCUACCUUUAGUGCAUCAAGAGGCUGCCCAAAUUAACCAUGAUGCCAACUCAACUGUAAUUGCAGAUUGUUGGUUCUACAUGUCGCUCCUGCAAUAUAAAUAUGACAACUCCAUUGACUAUUAUCAGGACACCCAUGCUUCUAACUAUUGGGUGUGUGAUGGGAUCGUAUCUGGAGAUAAUGCGUGGGAGAUUGGUGGCCAACUACAGGAAGCAAUGCGACUGAACUAUAUUCAAAAUGAGUAUCUCGAGUUUAUUCGCCGGACUAUUAAUCGACAACAAAAGAAGAGCCGAUGGGUUUCAAUCACAUCAAAGAAUGCCAAGGUACAAAAUAUCCAAUGUGUGCCCAAGGAGACAACGUCAUACUUCUUGGCACUAGAAAAAUCUGAUCAUCCAGCAAUAUUGCCUAAACACUUGUUUGGGCAAUCUAGCAAACUUCGUGUGUUGAGUAUCUCUUGGUGCACCUUCAAUUUUGCAUCCCCGCCUUUUAUCUGCUGCAACAAUCUAAGAUUUGUUUACAUAGACAGUUGCAAAGAUGAAGAUUUAGAGAUAAUUGGUGAAGGACAUGAUACAGAAUGGACAUUUCUUAAAAGCCUAUGGGUAUUGGACAUACGUCAUACACGCUGGGACUGGAUCCUGUCCCCAACAAAGAUGGUGCUGAUGAUUGAACUUCGGGAGCUAAAUCUGACGAAUACAGGAGCUAUUAGGUCUGGUUGGUGCAUGGAUAAGCUUGACAUGACAUGGUUGUGUGAUCUUCGGAGACUCCGAGUGAUCAAUUCUUCUACUUUCUUGACAACACUUGUAGAGGAAUCAUUCAUGGGCAUGCAUAAGCUCGAGCUUCUUGACUUAUCUGGAAAUAGUGCCAUGCAAGUUUUGCCAAACUUGUCAGCCGCAAUUGGACUGAAGGUGCUUAUUCUUGAUGGUUGUGAUGGGUUGCAACAUGUUAAGCCUGAUGUCAUGUCCACAUCAUUGGAGUCAUUCAGUUUUGAUGGAUAUGGAAAAGCAUCCAGGUGGAAGAAUUCAAUGCAGAUACCCGAAAAGGAAGUUCGGCCUUCUUCUCGUUAUAAUCAAGAGCUUCCAAAAGUAUCAAAGAUCUCGCUAGAAGGUUGUGCACGACUGAAGAAUGUAUUCCUUCGGGGAUUGCCAAACCUAGUGGAGUUGAACCUUUCUGAGACAGCAAUCGAAACACUCGACCUCAAAAAUUUGAAGGUGGAGAACUUGGUGUGCCUCUUUCUGAUAGGCUGUGAGAACCUGCGGAGAGUGUGCUGGCUUGAUGCAGAGGACCCGCCAUUGAGGUCGCUAUGUGUGGACACCAGAGGGAAGCCUACAAGAUCGAAACUAGAUGGUGACUGUCAACGAUCUCAUUCAUACUUCGAGGAAGACUACACAGAUGUCUCGUUUUACACCGACUACGUGUUUUACAGCGACUACACACAUGUCGUGGCUACAGAUAUAAGGUUUUUUCGAGGCUUCCAUGUGUUUGGUAGUAAUUUCCGCUUGUAUAUCUCAUCAACUCUCAGUAUUAGACAACUUCUAGAGAUCGAGGAAACAGAAAAUGACGGCUCUGAUAAUGAAUUGUAUCUUAUCCCAGUAGUAGGAUCAUCAUCAUUCCCCUACUCAGAUGUGUUUGAGGAGGUUUCCGAAGAGGGUGAUAGUGAAGACAUCUCGAAGCAAAUUUCCAAUCAGCUUCUCCCUUCAAAGCGUCACAUUGAAUUUUCCAAAGGAGGCUGCAAUUGGGAAUUGAAAAAUGGUCUUGAAAUUAUAAUUUCCUUGAUGAAUAGUGCCCAGUCCCUACACGUGCAUGACAGUUGCUCCAUCACUGCUGCUAACCUUGAACUCCAACAAGCUAAACAAUUCAAACAUCUCAGGUGGUGUCGUAUUGAGAGGUGUCCCAAGAUACACACUGCCUUUGUUGCUGAGACGUACCACAUGUCACCAAGCUUCUUCAAGAGCCUAGAGAUAUUAUGGGUGUCCCACCUCCUAGCAGCCCGCAGCAUUUGGAGCAGAAGUCUUAGUAUUAGAGAAAAACCUGUUGUCCCCUUUUCACAAUCAAAAAAUAAAAUAGACAGAUAUAAGAAUGCCUUUUCAAAGCUGCAACAUAUACAUUUGCACGCCUGCCCCAGGCUCACUUUUGUACUUCCCUGGUCAUUUCCUACCUUGGAUAGCUUGGAAACUAUGCACAUCACAUACUGUGGUGAGCUCAGGCAAAUCUUCCCGAAUGGAGAUGAAAGAUACUGGCAACAACUUGCUACCAACAUAGAAUUUCCGAACCUUAGGACUAUCCAUCUUCAGGAGCUCCCCAUGCUGCAGCACAUCUGCGAAAUCAACAUGACCGCGCCGAUGCUCGAGACCAUCAAGCUCAGAGGCUGCUGGAGUCUGAGGCGGCUACCAGCCAUCCAUGCUGGCCGUCCACAAUACAAGCCGAUGGCGGUGGUGGACUGCGAGAAAGACUGGUGGGACAUGCUCCACUGGGAUGGGUUGGAGGCAAGCCGCCGCCUCUUCAGUCCGCUUCAUUCACGGUACUACAAGAAGACCAUACCGAGAGGAUCACUUCUCAGGUAACCAAGAGGAUCCAAGACUACUACGUGAUUCAGUGUGCUUCUAACGACAGGAAGUUGAUGUAAUUGUUUUGGUUGUUUAUUUGAGAUUCUACAAGUCAGAGUGCUUGCGUUUGUGUUUGUCUGCUUUGGAGAUGCUGCGUGAGGGUUUUGCCCAGUUGUCAGGACUCAGGAGAGCUCUAAAAUGCAUGUGGUUACUACAUCGAUCAGCUGCCUACCAGAUUGGUGUCACCGCGACGCUCGAUUAACUACUCACGCACCAUAUGUCUCCACUAAUAUGUAUUGGUGUGUUUGUCUGGCUUGGGAGCUGCUAGGUACUUGAAAGGUUGUCAAGCUCAUCGGCAUAGUAGUUUAAUUCAUCAGUUUAUGAGUCUGUUGGCGCAACAGUUCUGUUUUACUGAAUCUGUACGUCCCUUGUUACAUCUGUUUCUAGUUUCAGACCGAGUCAUGAUCUCAAUCGUGGGAUGGCACGAUGGAAGUGGAUCAUGGCAUAGGAUCCGGUCCAAGUUUGUGAGUCUUUCCUUAUGUUGAAUAAAAGGAAAAGCGAAAAGGACGCUUGGUUUAAUGCAUCGCAAAACU